UGAGCGUCGAGUCCUGAGUAAUGGUUGCACGCUUGCCAGACGCUGCAUGACAGUUCGGACUUGGAGCCUCGACAACAUACUCUUUGCUCAAUCCAUUGAUUGAAAAAAAAAAAAACUACUCCUCCAGAAUCACCAUGGUUCUGGACAGUUUCGAGCACCAGCUGGAUCAGAAUGGGGUCUCGACAGUUACACAGUCCAUGGCGUCGAGGCCCACUGUGAUCCGCAAGAAAUUUGCAAAGCCUCCAGUCAAGGUAGCAUGUUUAGCUUGUCGUGCCUCGAGAACACGCUGUGAUGGCCAAGAUCCUUGCAUAAAUUGUCUCAGCAAAAAGAGGGAAUGCUCCUAUCUCCCUAGUAAACGCGGCGGUCCAAGGAAAAAGAAGAAGCACACACCCUAUCUAGAUGGCGUUGUCCAGCAAGAUGUUAUCCAGAACCCAGCACUUGCAUCCGUAUGCUCCGGUUUCGAGGAUUCAACGUUCGGUCAAAUCGACGUGCUUUCCGUCCCAGGUGCCGGUAUCAGAAGCUUAGAUUAUUCGUCCGAUGUUCUGUCUAUGUUUGCGGAGCUAUUCAUCCCUCACGAUGGCAACAAUCCCCAGGCCCAAAUGGAACCGACCCCUUCACCAAGUAUUAUAACGUCGCCUUCCUUGGUAAGGACUUAUGGCAGCGAGCACGACAUACUGAACGCCUACUACGACUUCAUUCAUUGCUACUUUCCAAUCCUUCCACCCAGAGUGGCACCCUAUUCUAUGGAUCGGCCAUUAGAUUGCGCUGGCUCUUUCACAGAAUCUCCGUCAGAGGAACCGAUACUCCUCUAUCGACCACACUCCCCGCUCAGUCUGGCAUUAUCUGCUAUAUUAGCACUUAUCCCACAUCCAAAUGAUCCAGAGCCAUCAUCUCAUAGCUCGGUCAUUCGACGUCGCACAUACGCACACAGUUUUGCACAGCUUGCAAAUAAUAGCAUAGAGUCUGAUUGCGAGCUCCAUGCUUCAUCUACGGUUCCAGCAGAUGCUUUGUCAGGUGGUCGUCCGCUCAUUAAUCGAGAGCCAUUUCACCCUCAAACUCCUGUCGAGCUUGAGUGCAUUCUUGCCCUACUAGUUCUCUCAGUAUACGAGUACACACAGCGUGGAAAUCUUUUAAAAAUGAGAUAUCGAGCCGGUCAGGCUUUGGCCAUAGCGCUUGAUAUGUCCCUUCACGCACUUGGGGAAGAAUAUGACGAGUUCACAGAAGCUCGAAGAAGGGCUUGGUGGAUGACGUAUUACUGUGUUCUCCAGGGCUCGAUUGUUAGCACAGCACCUUUAUCCAUUAUUGCGAAUGACCCGCAAUUCGUUACUCCCUAUCCACGGUUUUCUGCGGAUCCAGAUGGCUGGUCGGUAUUAAUUCAAGCUCAACAAGUAUUGGUAUCUGCAACUCAAUUUGUGAUCGAUCUCAAUAAGUGCACCUCAACAAGGACGAAUAUGCAUUACAUAUAUGAACGGAUGCAGCAGCUGGAUGCUUGGGCUAGCUCAGCGUUGGCCCAGUCAAAUCUGCUUCCUAUCGCUCCUCCAGCCGCCGAGCGCGAUAGCCAAUCAGAGUUUACUACCGCCAAAAGCAUCCGUGCAAUAUCUCAAAUAAAGCUCUCCAGUGCACAAAUCAAAAUUCACCGAUUUCGAGCCUUCUCCGAUAUACCUAUAUUCAUUAAGAAACAUUGCGAUCUAACUGCCGCUGGUCCUAACAACCCGACACAAGCAAAUGCCCCGAAACCCCCCAAAGCUCAUGAUGAGAUUUCGAGUAUUGGUUGCUCGUGUCCUAGUUUGGGCCAAGUCCAGCAAUCCCCCUCGAGCAAUUUUACACCUUCAUCCACCUCAUCUACGUCUUCUGAUUUUCAAUCUAUGUCGCAUCUCUCCUUCACUGACGGAUUCCCAUUUUCAAGUCAACACUCUGCAAAAGUCUGUCUUACAGCGUCAUUGUUAAUAUCGCGCACGUUUCAGAGUUUGCCUAUACCCCAGCCGCUCAAUAAUGCCCGCAAUCCACCGCAGGUACUUCAAUUUUUACCACUAAACCAAUUUCCACGAACGAUGCCUUCGUUUGCGUGCUGCCUCAUGCAAGGGAGCUAUGCCAUGCUGAUGAUACUCUACAAAGUGCGUGUAGAGAAGCAAAUGUCGCCGGAAUUCGGGAAUGGCACUACAAGCAACCCCUUCGAUCAAUUUAUGGAAGAGCUUCGACAAGGACUGGAAGGGAUCAUCAGUGCUGUCUCAAACUACGCUAUUGCCUUUGAGGCUUUAGAUGGAAUGAGAGAUGAAAUUGAGGGCGCAUACCGUACGGCUUUCUUACAAUAGUAGGUAUGCGUUUAUAUUAAUACCUUAUCCUUGGAUGGAUGCGGUUCAUAUUGAGGACAUUGACUAUCAUAAUAUAGUUGAGGCUUCUUGUGCUUUUGCUAUAUCCUAGAUCGGAGACAGCAGCCGAAUCAUUCACGAUAGGGCCAGACCAGUUUUGGCCCCUAACAGUUUCUUCAUUGGAAUUCUAUAAACAUAUCCUAUACUCCAGUAAACCCGAGUUAAAGACUGCCUGUCAUAUUAAGAUAUUUUAUUAUUGGAAACUCGAAGACACCACUCCAAUAGGGUAAGAUAGUGCUUCUAGGUAGCGACUAACCUGAGGAGUUUAGCUUCAAUAUACUCUCUGCCAUUCCUACCAGUAAAGAGGCCGACACAUUCGUCAGACACCU